UACUCAUUAUUAUAAUGGGUCAUCAGCCAAACGCUCUCUCACCGACGAUGUUUCGGAGGGGUUCAGAAGAAUUCGGAGGGUGUCGGGAAAACAUGGGGGGAUCGUAACGCGUAAUUAACCAUCUUGGUCGCACUUAUGGCUGUGUGUUUGUGUUAUGAGUACUAAAUAUAUUUUACAAAUACAAAUUGCUGUUAUCCCUUCGAUUAGCAUAACUGGAGUUGGUCGGUGUUUGUCAGGUGUGGGAGCGUACGUGUCGCCAGACAUGACUUCAGCGGCAUACUCCAUGCGCGCCAAAGUGGCCGGCGGCGCGUUCUCGUGGAGCUCGCGCGGGCCGUGCGCGGACGGCGCGCCCGGGGUCACCACGUGCGCGCCCGGCGGCGCCGUGGCCUCCGUCGCUAGGUUCACAUUAAAGAAUUCUCAACUAAUGAAUGGCACUUCGAUGGCCGCACCUCACGUUGCCGGUAUUGUCGCGGCGCUUAUCUCUGGUCUAAAAGCCAAACAGCUUCCAUACUCUCCUUACUCAAUAAAGAGAGCCAUAGAGAAUUCUGCAACAUUCCUCAAUAGCGUGGAGCCGUGGGCGCAGGGCUGUGGCCUUAUCAAUAUUGAAAAGACUUUCGAUCACCUCACAACAUAUCACGCUGAGCCCGAGCGUGACGUCACAUUCAGCGUGCAGUGCGGGCCCCACAACGGCAAGGGCAUUCUGCUGCGACCCAAAUUGAACGAUGUGCCCAAGGACAUAGGGAUCACUAUCCAACCGCAGUUCUUGCAGAGCCACCUGGAUAUGGAGAACAAAACGCUGAUACCGCGGCAGAUCGACUUCGCCAUGAACCUGGCUCUGUCCUGCAACACUGAAUGGGUGUCUGCUCCCGCUUUCCUGUCUUUAGCGAAUACUCCACGGCCUGUGUCUGUGAGGAUACAAACAGCUUCGUUACCAUCCGGACCGCAUUUUACAAGUAUCGACGCGUACGACACUAACUGCAUAGAGAAAGGGCCGGUGUUCAGGAUACCUAUAACGGUUUUGCAAGCUGAAUCGGCGCAGCCCGACUCUAAAGGCUUGCUACUGUCCGAGUCAGCCGUUUACGCGCCGCAUACCAUCAAGAGGCACUUUAUUAUACCGCCUCUAGAAGCGACGUGGGGCGUCCUGAAGCUCACAACCAAAGACAAGGAGCAGACGGGCCGUUUCCUCAUCCACACCAUGCAGCUGCUGCCACAUGAGAGUUGCCGCGCGCACGAGACGCAGAAGAUGAUCUCAGUCACGGCCGAGGCGCCCGCAGUACACCCCUUCGCUGUGGUGGGCGGCGUAACCUUAGAAGUUGUAAUAGCAAAAUACUGGGCGAACAUAGGAUCACUAGAAACCGACUACACCAUCGAGCUGCACGGCCUGAAGCCUAGCUGUGGCCCUAAGCUACGAUUGUUGGCGUCCGAAGGCCCGCGAGGGACGUCGUUGACGUCACUGCGAAUGCAGGACGCCCAGCCUAACGCUAGUCUGAAAUACAGCGAACCAGUCAUCAGGCCGUCGGAAUCAAAAUUGUCGCCGCUAACAUCUAGAGAUGUAGUCCCCCCAAGCCGGCAGAUCUACCAACUUAUCAACACUUACAACUUCCACAUCGCUAAGGCUACCGAGGUAUCACCAAUAGUAUCUCCACUAUGUGACAUGUUGUACGAGUCGGAGUUUGAAGCACAGAUGUGGAUGUUAUAUAACAGCUGUAAGCAGCUCAUGUUUGUAGGGGAUGCGUAUCCUUCCAAGUAUUCAGUGAAACUCGAGAAGGGCGACUACGUGCUCCGAUUGAAUAUCCGGCACGAGAACAGAUCGUUGUUAGACAAACUGCAAGAGUUACCGGUGACGAUACAGCAGCGGUUACCGCAGCCGAUUUCGCUGGACGCCUACUGUACUAGAGCUCAGGCUUUGACCAGUGGCAAGAAGUUGAGCUCAGCGUCCGUCCCCAGCGGAGCCAUUCUACCGGUCUACUUCGCGCCAGUGCCUUCCGACAAAAUAAGUCGUUCCAACCUAACCAUAGGCCACACCCUAACCGGCACAGUGACGUUCGCCAAAGACGAGCUAGGCCGUAAAGUAGACUCCUAUGAUCUGCAAUAUGUGGUCUGUGAACCCCCGAAGAGGACCACCAACAACAAUAGAGAUAAGGAGAAGACCAAACCGAGCGAGGACUACAUGGAGGCCAGCAAGGAGUUUAUGACCAACUGGUUGACUAAGUUAGAGGGUGACAAAUUAGAGCAAGUGUAUGAAGAAGUAUUAGAAAAGUUCCCGGGAUACCUCGGAGCUCAUAUUGCAUAUUUACACGGCAUCGACUCGCCUACGGAUCCGAAAAAACUCCCCAACGCCGACGAAGAGACCGACGUGACGACGGCGUGGUGCGAGCAGCUCGUCGCCGCCGCCGACAAGGUCAUCAAGCAGAUCGACCAGGAGAAGCUGCUCGCCUAUCUCGGCAUGAAGAACGAUACUAGAAGCGACGCCACCAAAAUUAAACAGGAGCAUGAAAAACAACGCGGCUACUUGAUCGAUGCGCUCUGCAGAAAAGGUACCGCGCUGUGUCGCCUCAAGGCUCUAGCGCAGAGCCCCGCCGCCAAGGACAAGCUACUGGCGCAGCUCACCGCCAAUAUGGCCGACUUGCUCAAGUUCACCGACCUCACCGAUGCCAAGGCGAUCCACUACGGCGUCUGGCACUGCUUCACCCUCAAGCACUGGGGCCGCGCCAUCAAGCUGCUCGCCAAGAUCCAGGAGGAGCGGCCCUCGCGCGAGCUGGACGAGCGCCUCGUGCAGGCCUACGGGCAGCUCGGCUGGGACUACCUAGUGCGCUACACGCAGCUGUCCGUCCCGAUCAAGUACCCCAGUGCCUACCGUCCGUUCUAAACGUUUACUGUACCGAUAUCCAAGAUUACCGCCGCGUGAUACGGAAGAUGCAUACAAACAACGGGGCCUAGUCAAGAUGACCAUAUCGACAACCGCCAAUUGAAAAGUAAACAUGUGGUACGAAGUGCCGUGAUCAUUUUCUUACGUUAUUUAAGUUUCGUUUGACGUUUUCUAGAAGGACAUUCUACAGCAAUCUCAUUCCCCUGGCUAUCCAUAUUCGCAUUUAUGCAAUUCCCAGGAUUGCGCUCAGUAGUUAUGGUUGUAGUGUAAAGUGGCAUCCCCUGGUAAUUUGCGAAUAAGUAUCUACAGGGGAAACAGAGGAAUGAGAUAUUUGUAGAAUGACCCACAAACUGUUACUUGGCUAGACCUCAGCUAGAAUUACCUAAAAUAAUUAAAUAUAUAUAUAGACAGAAGAUGUCUUUUCUCAAUUUUAUUAUAAAACUAAAAACUCACUUCAUAAGCUUAAGCGUAUCGAAAAAUGCGAUUAAGUUCAGAAACUUAGUCAGAAAUUUAGUCUAAAUAAUACAAGACACUGUGUGACAUAGGCUCAUCAGCUAAAUAGCUGCUCGCCUAUAAUUAUAUAAUAAUAAAUAUGAUUUAUUUAUCAAUUGACAAUCUGAAUCGCCAUCGCCAUUAAAAACGCACAAAAUUUAGCUUAGUGUAGAAUUAUAUCAAGCUCCUUUCAAACGUAAUAUUUAUGUAAAACAAUAAUUGUUAAACGUAUUGUACAUUUUCGCACGAUGCAAGUGACACGAGCUUGCGAAGGUUACCUUUCAGUGCCUAAUACUCGAGAUGCUUAAACUAUUUUGAUUUCAUUUCAUAGGAACGUAUUUGCAAGUUAUAUGUAUUGUAUGCAUAAACCCUUUUUUCAUAUAUAAAUAUCUAGUAGUAAUUGGAGUCCGAGUAUUAUGCACUGUCUUUUUUAUGAAAUAUUGAAUGUACAUACCUUAUUUUUUGUACACACCAUAAACUUUAAACAGAUGUAUCCAAAUAAAUAUUGUUCAGUAUUGCUAGCGCAAAAAAAUGCCUGAAAUGUCGGUUGCGGAUAGUGCGUAUAUAUGUUUUAAAGACAAGAUUAGAUAAAAUAUUACCUGCCCAUAUAAUAAAACAGUAGAAAUAGCAUUGAUACAUUAUAUUGUAGAUUAGUUAUGGAAGUACAUGUUUUCAUUGAAGUGUUCAUGAGGUUUUUAGACUUUACGCUAAGCUCAUUAGAGUAUAAACUAUAUUAAAAUUGUUUCCGUGUCACCACUUCAUUGCCUUCGAUUGCAAUUUAUAUAUCGUGUCAUUCACGACGACGCGAGCCUUGACCCGUAUAGCCAUUGUAUUAAAGGUUAUAUUUGACAAGUCUGCGCGUCAUUGUGGAUGACACGAACUAUAAUAAACCUAAUAAAUUAAUAUUGUAUUAACCGGAAUCUGUAAAUUAUACAAAGCUUAGAAAUAAUUGGAAAGAAGAAAAAAUAACUGUCUCUGAGGUACCGAAACUCGUUUCGUAGCAGAGUUGGCAGAGCAAGAGGCUAGUGAUACAGAUACGCGAGUUCAAGUCUCGCCCGAGACAUUGAAUUACACUUUUCAUUUAUUUCUAAGUUUUUCGAUCUUUUGUUACCUUUCGUUUCAUUUACUUAUAUUAAUUGUAGAAGAGUAAAGUCAGGGUGCUUUUUGUUUAUGCUCAAACACUAUUAUUUGUAAACAUUCAACAUGUUUCUUAACCUUUUGAACGCCAAGAACACCUGAAGUCGUUACUUGUCGUACUACAGCGCCAAGGACAACUAUAGGUGUUAGGCGGACGCUGUCAAAGUAACCUUCACACUUCCGAGUAAGGUUUACAUUAAGCUCCCUUGCGUACCUUGGCAUUUGAGUGAUGUUUAUGACAUAAAGCGUUCAAAGGGUUAAAGGUGAUCGCGGCCGGCAAAACGUCCCACUUUGUCGCUGGCCAUAAGGACACCUUUUCAGGUUAUUUGUAUAAAGAUCCAAGCAAGUCUCGUCCUUAUGGCAAGCGACAAAUUGGGACGUUUUGCCGGCCGUGGUUACAAAUCGUUAAGACUAUAUUUUAACAACGUAAAUAACAUUGUUCGUAAGAAAACUUGCCAGUAUUGUGACAAAUGUAAUGUUAAUAUUUUUUAUUCUGUUCUAUUGCAAUUUCAUUUUUUAUAUUUGACAGUCUUUGUCAUAUUAUGCAAUGCUAUUGACCCUUAACCCCUUAACGCAUGUUAUAAAAAUACUUUGUUUAAAUUUAAAUUUUAAUAACUGUCAAUAGAUUUGAAUAUUAUAUCUGCCAUAUGUUUUUGUAUGCGGUAACGGGUUAAGUUAUAUUUUAUUGUCGAAAUUGUAAACGAAUGACCUCACUAGUGUAAUAAAAAAUUAUAUUGUAUUACACCGAAUCGAAAAUUAAGCAAUAUUUUACAUAGAUUAUAUGAAUAAAGGCAGAUGCACAAGGCAGAACAUACCUGCCAACUUCAACAUGCUUUUAUCGGACCUUAUAUCUUUCCAAAAAGGUACGUAUUGCUACUUUAAGUCACGAACCCGCCACUAAUAAACCGCUGCCAUACAAUUGAAGUCCAGCUCUCAUUUUAAAAUUAUUGUUUAAACUUGAGCAAGGAAAUAGAGCAUGUAAAACUUCUACUUGCUCUAAUUUCUUUGUAUUACAAUUUAGAGCAACGGAAACUAAAGUCAGACCAAGCUAACUUCGCAUUUUAAACGUAAUAAUUUAAAAUAACACUUGCACAGUCUGUGCUAUCAAAAUCGCUGUCGAGUUAGCUUAAUCUGACAGUACUAGACAUAAUCGAACGAGCGAGAAAAGCGAAGUGAAGUUCUUACAUUCAACUCUAAACACGCGGCUGGGUACGGACACUGUAUAAAGCGUCCUUAGGGUCCUUUAGAUUGGCUUACGUUGGCUCAAUUACUGUAUUUAUUUAUUAUGUAUUUAAUAUGUAUAUGGUGUGUCCUAUUUUAUUAACCAUUUAUAAGGCGGUGUCAGGAAUGAAUUUUGCAAAAUUGAACCCUAUCACUUUGAAAUAAAGUUCAAAAUCAGAUGGGAUAUAUAUUCCCUCUGCCUUAUAAAGGCUUAUUCGGAAAUUUUUUAUACCUACAAAUCUGUUGGACUUGGACUAUAUAAUUCUUCUUUUUACAAGUAGGAAAAGGGUAAACAAUCUUGACAUGUCUUUUUUUAUUGAAAAACUCUUUAAAAAAUAGUUAUAGUAAUUAUUACUUAGGAGACCAAAAGAAUGUCAAUCAUAUACAUAUACAUGGUGACUUUCAAAAGUGUUUUUGAAUAAAAAUACACGUCAUGAUUGUUUAUACUUUUUUUAAUGCUAAAAAAACGUAGUCGAAGAGUUCACAAGAACCACGAAAAAGACGACGGGUUAAUUUCAACUUGAAAAAAAAGUAUAUCGCCUUCAAGUCAUAUAAGGUGCUUACCACAAGGCGCAAGGGUUUUAGUUUGGUAAAUAGAAUCUUAUAAACGGACGUUCACAUACAUCUUUUGGGAAUUGAUAAAAUGAAAGUUGUAAGUAAAUUAUGUAUGUAUGUCACUUUAUUGCACAUAAACAGAUUAACAUAAAACAGACAAAACAAAACAAAAAAAAUGUUAUGUACAAAGGCGAACUUAUCUCUAAAAGGGAUCUCUUCCAGCUAACCUUUGAGAAAAUGCGAAAGGAUCAAACACUAACAGGUGAAAGACAAAUCAAUAUUUACAUUAGCAAUAUGAGAAUGUUGGAUACACAUAAAAGUA